CCCCAUCCCUGCUGAUGCUUGGGAAAAGGAAUUAGCACAAAAGGCUCGAGCGUCCGGCUCCGAAAGGGAGUCUUUGUUGUAGAGUGUAUACAAAUGCUCUCAGUCCAGCCAGACACCAAGCCGAAAGGUUGUGCUGGCUGCAACCGUAAGAUUAAAGACCGGUAUCUUCUAAAGGCCCUGGACAAAUAUUGGCAUGAAGACUGCUUGAAAUGUGCCUGCUGUGACUGUCGCCUGGGGGAGGUGGGCUCCACUCUGUACACCAAAGCCAACCUUAUCCUUUGUCGCAGAGACUACCUGAGGUUAUUUGGCGUUACAGGAAACUGCGCUGCCUGCAGUAAGCUCAUACCUGCUUUUGAGAUGGUGAUGAGAGCUAAGGACAAUGUUUAUCACCUGGACUGUUUUGCAUGUCAACUUUGUAAUCAGAGAUUUUGCGUUGGAGACAAAUUUUUCCUGAAGAACAACAUGAUUCUGUGCCAGACAGACUAUGAGGAGGGUUUGAUGAAAGAAGGUUAUGCACCCCAGGUUCGCUGAUCUGAUGCCGCACCGUUAAGAAUACAAAGCACUAUGUUCUUUUAUCUUUUUUGCUCAACAUGUAUAUAAGAAAUGACACAGGAACCUACUGAAUAGCGUAGAUAUAGGGAGACAGAAUGGUUGCGUGAAAUAAAAGGCGGACUGCAUCUGUAUGUAGUGAAAAUUGCUCCAGUUCAGAGUUGAAUGUUAAUUAAAAAGGUACUGUACAUACAGCUGGAUUCUUUUGCUUGCU